AUGUAUCCAGAACUGGCAGAACGACCUCUUGCUCUGAACAUUCUUGAGCCAGCGAUCCUGUUAGUCAUGGCCAUUUUUUGUUCAAUCGGGAAUAUUUUGAUCUGCGUUGCUGUUUAUAGAAACCCACGACUUCGCACAUCUACUAACCUUUUUGUUAUCGCGUUGGCAAUCAGCGAUCUUCUCAACUCAUCAAUCGUUAUGUCGCUAGCUGUUGGUGUUUUAAUCACUGGGAAGUGGCCUUAUGGUGACAUUAUGUGCAACGUGCAUGCCUUUUUCACCCUAUUCUCCGUUUACGUCUCGCCGACAACCAUGGGCCUGGCUGCCUUCAACAGGUACAUUCGAAUCGUGAAGUCCAACAGAUAUCGACGCAUGUUUACACCUUUCCUUUCCAUAGUGUACAUCGGUGCAGUGUGGUUAUUCGUCGCUGGGUACGUUUCCAUUCCCAAACUAGCUGGCUUGAUAAAAUACGGGUUUAUACCUGGGUAUGCUGUGUGCACCAUCAUCCAUCCCACAGAUGCAGUCAAAAUAGCGCACUACAGUAUCGUGGUGUCCCUGUUCCUUAUUCUUCCAUUCAGCGUCGCAACCGUGUCUUAUUACAAAGUGUUUAAGACCAUCAACCACCAUAACUUCAACAUGGCUUCAACCGUUCAAAAUGUUCAACAUGAAGGUCGAAUAACUGUCAGGGAAAUAAAAAUCACUAAGUCUCUCGCGAUUAUCGUGCUAGCCUUUGGACUGUGUUGGAUUCCAUUUUGGGUCAUCGCCGUGAUGCAGCGAUUUACAUUAAGUGUGGUGCCCCGAAAUGUCCAGCUUCUGUGCACGUUUCUGCUGUUCUUUUCCAGUACAGUUAAUCCCUUCAUAUAUGCUGGCACGAAUGAGGCGUUUAGGGCAGAAUUUCGCCGCGUUUUGUUAUGCAAAAACAAUGAAAGAAUCAAUCCUCUAUCAAACAUGCCGCGUACGGGGUGA